UCUCCCCUUACGCUUCUCCCUUUUUUGCAUUUUACCAUCCGUGCCCGAAUUCCGACUCUUUUUCCUCGUGCAUGAGGAUUCUGCGCAAGAAAUUUCGACAGUGGGUAUCUGAAAAGGCAUGCACAGCUGAAAGGGUUUGGAAGAGCUUUAGUAGGUGUUCCUCCCUUUCCACCGAUACCUUUAGCCUCGUACUUAAAUUGGCACGAAUAAAUGAUUUGUCGUGCCAUCAGUUUGCUUAAAUCAAUAUAGCUCUGGUACCACCGCAGUCAUCAGAACGAUGAUGAACGAUGGCGACUCGUGUGUGACAUGACAUCCAAAGAUUUGAACGUGUCAAAGAGAACAGUUUUAAAGGCAGUAAAGGCAUCCGCAUGAGUUCCAGCAUCAGCAGUCCAGCACCCUUUGUACUUGCAACUACGGCUGCUCUUCGUCACACUUCAUUUGUGGCACUGCUCACGAUUUAUUCAGAGAAAGCCCCUCACUCUUCACCCGCAAUUUGGUUGUGGACGUGCUGCAGUCGAGAAAUGUCGUUCGCAACGCGCUGUCGUGAAAAUGGGCAAUACACAGUACAGUACAUUGCUGCCGUCUCCUCUACUCACUUACAAGGGUUCGGACAUUUGAAGGACUCAGUGAUCGCUUCAUUACGUGAGACGAUCGACGAGUGCUUUGACAUGGUUCGACAACUUGCUGUCGCUCUUCUUUACAUCGCCCUCGACAAAAGUCAGAAAAUGGAAGCGGCGGAGACGACGCGCAUGAAGAAGAGUCAUCAACGCUCGCGGUUCAGCAAACUAAAGGACGACUCGGCUUGCUUCGAGUCGUCCUUCAUCAAACGCGAAUAGAAUGACCUCUGGAGUCUCCGGCGCCUACAGAAGUUGGUUUCUUCUACGACUUAUUCCCGGAAUAAAUUCUUACUGCGUCGGAGUAGAAGCUGGCUUUGAUCCCGGAGCGACGCAUUGGACACCGACAAAUGUAUUCCUCAGAGGCUUUGGUCACUGCUAUUGCCUCUUCACUCACUUGGAGAGUGUACACAACAAGGAUUGUCUGCACGUCAUUACCUUUCGAUUCAUUUUGUUGCCUACGCUACUGAUGGUGUGUGCUUGGUGAGAUGACUCGAAGACCUCAUCCUGUCACGUAACGCCACUCGUCAUUGAGGUCAUUUCAUUCAGCGAGAUAAUAGUUCUCAGUAGAUUACGAGACAGGCGGACUUCGGACUAUACUCAAAAUUUGUACAUAACUUACUGGCGCCUUGUAUUUUGCCCGCUGUUCACUGUGAUCAGCGUUCAGUUGAAGCUACAUAUCUGGGUUUCUAAGACUCUUGGGUGUGGGAACCACAUUGUUUGAAAGUCAUGAAGGGGAGUUGCUCUGGUCGUUGUAGAAAAGCUCGAAUACGAAGUUCGUAAUAUCUGCAGUAUUUCCUGCUUUGGGCGAAUAUGUCGAUGACUUUUAGAGCGGAACUAGAAUGUUAUGCACUUUGUACUCUUCAGUUUGUGGCAUUUCUCUAAUUUCUAAAAGCUGAUGCUGGCAGUAAUAUCAUAUUCUCAUGGAUAUUAUGAAGCGGAAUGAACGCUGUCUUCAGAUCAACUGGCGAAUGCGUCGGAUCUCUCAUAUCUUUCCGUGGGCAAUUGUAUUCAGUUCCCUAAAAUCCUACUUAAUAAAUCGACGAAAUUGCCAUCCAUCCAUUGUUGAUGGAUAAACAAC